AUGGGCUCCAUCUCCACACCCACAGCUCUUACCCUUGAGGGCAAGGUCGCCCUCGUGACCGGCUCAUCUCGCGGCAUUGGCCGUGAGAUCGCUCUCGGCCUUGCCGUCCGCGGUGCUGAUAUCAUCAUCAACUACUUCUCCAAUGAAACCAAGGCCCAAGAAGUAGUCAAGACCAUCAAGCAGUUGGGCCGCAACUCCGUCGCCAUCCGGGCUGACGUCUCCUCAUACGAGUCCAUCCAAAAGCUCUUCCGUGAGGGCCACGCCGCAUUCGGCAAGAUUGACAUCGUUGUCUCCAACUCUGGUGUUGAGCACUUCGAGACAAUUGAGAAGACCACCCCCGAGCAGUUCGACCAAGUCUUCAGCGUCAACACCCGUGGCCAGUUCUUCGUCGCCCAGCAGGGUUACCAGUACAUCUCCCCUGGUGGAAGCAUUGUCCUUAUGUCCUCCAUCGCUGCCAACCUGCGUGGUCUCGCGGAUCAUGCGCUUUACUCUGCUAGUAAGGCUUCCAUUGAGGCCUUUGUGCGCUCGCUUCCCAGUGACUUUGCCCCUAAGCGUGUUCGUGUGAAUGCUAUUGCGCCUGGCGGUAUUGAUUCUGAUAUGGCGGUUGAGAAUGCCUGGCGUUAUGUUCCUGGUGCUACUCAGGAUACACCAUAUGCGGAGGCAAAGGAGGCCCUGGGUAAGAUGUGUCCUCUUGGCCGAUUCGGUUUGCCAACAGAUGUCGCCAAGGUUGUGGCCUUCUUGUCCUCUGAUGAUGGUGGCUGGAUCAAUGGUCAAACAAUCACUAUCUCCGGAGGAGCUGGCCGAUAA